AUGGCCGACGCUGACUCCAACCCUUCUACAGCCACGCACAAUUCCCCGCGAACAUGGCUUCUCACUUCAGCCCUGUCGCCUCUGGCCGUCCGACUCAUCCGGUUGCUUCUGGCACACGGGGACUACGUUGUCGCAUGUCUACCGCCUUACGAGAUCGACCACGAGGACCGCAGCGCGGAGUUCCGCGAGCUUGUGAAUGAGUGUAAGAGCUCAAGGAAAGACCGAGAGGGGUGGAAGGAUCGAAUUCGCGGCAUUCGAUGUGAUGGAGCUGCCAUGGGAAGCUGUGGUGCUGCUGUGGCAGAAGCUGUCCAGGUCUUUGGUAGGAUCGAUAUUUUGCUAUGCUGCAAAUCUGAUGCUGUCGUUGGAACGGUAGAGGAACUGUCAACAACACCGUUCACCCAGAAUCUCGUUCGCGACCAAUUCGAGUCUGUCUUCUUCUCUCAGGUCAACUUUAUCAGAGCUGCCCUUCCUCAGCUCAGGACUCAGCACACAGGGCAUAUCAUUGUUCUCACCAGCACUGGCGGCCACAUUGGCACUCCAGGAAUGUCAAUAUAUACAGCCGCGACAUGGGCCCUUGAGGGCUUUUGCGACUCACUUGCAUACGAGAUCGCACCCUUCAACAUCAAAGUCACAGUUGUUCAACCAAACAAGGAGAUUCUGUCCUUGACCAACCGCCUCACCUUCGCCCCUCAGUUACCUGCUUACGACCAAUAUCAAGAGUCCGCCCCAAGCAUUCGCGACAUUCUCGCCAAUGUUCUCAACACUCACCCCGACACAGCUUUACCAUACCCCACAUCACCAGCUGACUAUGGGCCUUCGCCAAUGUCUCCGCCAAGCAUAUCCAUUGAACCAGAUGUAGCGCCAGGCGAGAUCCUGCAUCGGUACCCCAAGUUGCCGCCCGGCGCAGCAGAUAAGCUGGUCAUGGAGACGGUGCACGCUUUAUCAGCAAUUGGAGGACACGAAAAUCCUCCAGCGCGCCACAUCGUUGGCCACGAGGCUGCCGUCGCAGUUAAGGAGAAGCUCAAAACGGUUACAGAGGAGUUAGAGGACUUUGUAGAAGCCAGUUUAUCUGUGGAUACGUUUGAGAUCCACCUCCGCGACAUCAGCGCCGAUGGCCGACCCAACAGGAACAUGUUCUCGCCUCUGGCCUACCCAGAUGGUGCCAUAAUAUAUAACCUCGUUACUCACGUUCCGCCGCCUUCUCAUCUCGCCCUUACUCCCUUCGACUUAUAUCGAGAACCCCUUGCUAUAAUAGCUUUGGCGGAUGGCACCGAGCUGCAUCAGAAGAACCUAAACAAACGACAGUCUAUGAACGGUGCGGGACCGACGACAACAGAGAAGAAUAUUAGGGCUUUAUACCAGGAGCUUGAGGAGCUGCGCGAUACAUACCCCAAAGCUCUCGUCCACCACGUUUUGAUCUUCGACUAUGCCAACCCCCAUUCCACUGAAAUUCCAAUGCCUGAGGGCCUCAUCGAUAUCCCUCCUCCCGAGCAAUGUACGGUGACUACGAUCAGGACAGUCAUGUGCGACAUCUCCUCCCUUCUGCUCGCCGAGAUGACGACUUUGGCCAAGUCCUUUGAGGCCAUGACGAACAUUGAGUCUCCUGUGCCUUAUUCAACAACUUCAAGACAUACGAAUGGAACUGGCUCAUGGGGCGGGGAAGGCGGUCUAAAUAGUCUCCUGAAGCGGAACUCGAGCAUCACCUCGUCGAAGCAUUCCUCACGCUCUAACUCGGCAGGCGGGGUCAUGGAUAAGGCCCAUGCUCGCAUGUCUAUGCCGGUCAAUGUUCGCCCAGGACUCCAUUCAAGUAACUCAACGCCGGGCUUGUCAUCAACACCCCCGAAGAGCAAUCUGUCAAAUCCACCUAUGACUACGGAUGGUCCAAGUCCGCCGACUAGUGAUCGGUCGACGCCGGAACCGUCUGCCCUGCCAGAAACCUCUGAAAAUUCUCGAUCAGCUAGUCGUGAUCGGAUAUCAACUCAAGGUUUUGGUUCCGGGGGUGUGAAUGAUCGCUGGAGGCAUAGAACCAAGGGACGAGCCGCUGUUGUCGUUGGUUCUAUGUUUUUGCAAGCUGGUCGCUGGACCGAUUCGAUCAAGGAACUUAGUGAUGGUGCCAUGGCUGCCCGAUCUGUCAACGACCAUUUGUGGCACGGCAAGGCUCUUGAGCUUAUCCUGGUAAACCUGUUUCUUCUUGGCUGGUCCAAUAUCGAAUUUCAUGUCCCUACCGUACUCAUCCAGUUCCCGGACAAGCCAGCUCACAAACAGGCACCAGACCCUACGUCCGAGGACCCCAAUCAGCCGAAACAUCUUAGGAACCUCCAAGCGUUACUGCCUGAACUUCUCGAGCGCAUUAUCCUCCUCUACUCUAGAGUUUCUUCAGACAGCCUUCCUCCUUUACCACUAUCCGAAACGUUCAUCCGGUUUUCCAAGAUCUAUCAAGCUCUUCACCUGUCCAACGGUUACCUUGAUAAAGAUUCUCUGGCCAUAAUAGCAACAGGAAUUGUACCUGAGCAGCCUCUUGCGGCGCCACCACGAUUCGGUGUAACACCCACUCGACAACAAAUCGGAGCAAUGCUUUUCAAGGCAUUCCCGGCAGGUGCUUCAGAGCUUCUUACGACCGUUGACCGAGCGUCCAUUCUGAGCGGUAUAGCGACUGUUCUGGGACCCUUGGGACUUCACCGGAAGAAGGCUAUGGUGAUAAGAGAACUAGUCUCAGUUCUUAUUGGUGGUCUCGUCGAGGCACGAACCCGAGGAGCUGCUGAUAUGGGCAUCCAUCCUGCUGCAGGUCUGAUGUCGUUGACCUCCGGCGGUGGUGGUUCAAGCAGCGGCGCAUUGGCCUUGGAGAUUGGAGAGUGUGAUGUCGAACAGGGCAUAGAGGCUCUGAUGACUCUGCUCUGCAAAUCUUAUGGCAUUGUCGGGUAUGAUCUAACUAGAAAAGCCGGUACAAAGAACAAUGAAGACGCCGAUGAUUCGGACGAAGCCGUGAUUGCUAGGAUACGUGGCCAGUCUGCAGCUCGCUUUUUCGGGUUCCCAGACGUCAAGCUUAAUAUUCUGAGAGCCUGUAUCAACUUCUCGGAAGCGUUGCCAGAUUUUGAUGGCGUUCUACGAUUUUCGAGUGACCUUCUACGCACAGCUGGUUCAGGCGUCGCCCCAGGGCCCCGGCGAGAAGACGCAUCGCCGAUGAUCAUUCGGGAUGAACAAGUGCGACUGGCAACCGGAAUAUCAAGAACUGCAGGCUUGGUACAGAGGCUAGGCUACAGUGACAUAGCAGCCGAGUACUGGGAUGAGUUCUUUGUUAGAGGCAUCAAGCUUGAACCCUCGCUAACUAGCAAAACACCAGUCGCUCACUCAAAGAGCAUCUUACCUGGUGCCACUGCUAGUCGCGCAUCUCAGGAUGUCGACCCUUUCAUUUACAACCCAUUCUUGAAGAAGCCCGAUGAGACGGUAACCCAGACCCUUGUGGCUGAUGAAUACGCUACUUUCAAGAUCACGUUACAAAAUCCAUACGAUAUUGAAGUUGAUGUCGAAUCCAUUUACUUGGCCACCGACGGCGUCCAGUUUGACGCUGUUAAGGAGGCAACGGUGGUGGGCCCAUAUCGAACACAAGUUAUACGGCUCAGAGGAAGAGCAAAGGAGGCCGGAACUGUCAAGGUGACUGGCGCCAUUAUCAAAGUUCGAGGAUGUCGUGAGCGACGAUUCCCUGUUUUCUCUAUGCCUUGGGUGCCAAAGCAAGAGGUCAAGAUCAAGGCCAAGGGUUUGGCCGCACUAGAGGAGGCCGUGACAGAUGUCAAGCCUUUUGCUCCGAAGCUCGAAGCUGAAUCCAUGAGUCUUACAGCCAUUCAAGCACAACCACUAGUGGUAGUUAAGUCUACAACACUUGCCCAGUCUUCAAUCAUGAUCUUGGAGGGCGAGAGACAGGUGUUCUCCGUAACAUUGCAGAAUCUUGCAUCGACACCAGUGGACUUUAUGCUUUUCUCUUUCAAGGACUCUACACAAGAGCCCUUACAGACUGCGAUCAGCAACCGAGAUGCUACACCUUCUGAGCUCUACGAAUACGAGCUUGCGCUGAUGAAGAAGCAAGCACUGCGACUCCCUAACAGUCAGCAGACUCGUCACAUUGCGGCUAAUGGAGAGGCGACGUUUGAAUUCGAGAUUCUAGGCAAGCCCGGGCUUACAACUGCAACAAUUCAGGUCGACUACACACAUCUGGGAUGCCCUCAAGAAGACAUGCCUGAUCAAUUCUACACGAGACAAGUUUCCCUGGAUCUUACUGUUACCGUAAAUGCCAGCGUCGAGCUUGCCCGGAUCGAUGCACUACCUGUACAUGGUGAUAUCCCCCAGCCUCUUUGGGAUCGUCUGGGUAGUUCUUUUACAGCUAAACCCGACGAGUAUUGUCUCUUGUCUGUGGAUCUUCGCAACGCCUGGCCUAGUCAGAUGUUGGUGCAGUUGGAGAGCAACGAUGGAAUCUUUGUACAAGAAGAUAUUCUUCCUGGUAACACGAGUCGAGUUAUUCUGCCCGUCAAGAGAGUAUACUUGGAGGAUCCUCAUGCCACAAUACCAACGCUAAAUCCAUCUCGAAACCGACAGUUUGUGGUCAGCGCCAGCAAGAUCUCACCUGAGAUGGAGCGAGCCAACCGCGAAGGUUUCUGGUAUAGGGAAAGGGUUCUCGAUUGCCUCAGAGCGACAUGGAAAACGACGUCGCUGCCUAAGAGAAGCGGCUCAAUUGACCUGCGAAGUAUCAGAUUGACCACACGAAUGAUUCAGGCUAUCAAGGUUGACGAAGUCGAUAUUGAAUUGUCUGUCGAGGAUGCCGAUGGCAAUGCAGCUGAGACGGGCGUGGCAUACGUUGAUGAGUUUAUGCAACUUAAAGUGCGUGUCACUAACCGAACGGCUCAGAAGAUCCAUCCUCUGGUUAGAAUUCUACCCGCUCUUUGCCAUCGACCUGCGAAUAUUGGCCUGGAGUUUACACGAAAGCUUGCAUGGAAUGGUACUUUACAACAGCUCAUUCCAGUACUGGAAGGACACGGCAGCGCAGAAGUUUCAGUGGGAAUGACAGUGCUCUGCCGUGGAGAGUUUGAGAUCUCAGCAUCUGUGGAAGAGGUGCAGGUUUGGGAUGAACCUAGAGUUGAGCCUACACGGGCGCGAUCAGAGUCGCAGACUAUGAAGGAUGCUGCUCUGGGAGUUAAGGAGAGACGAAUUUGGCAUGCAAGACAACCUUGUAUGCUGAUGACGAGAGAUCGCAACUAG